CAGUAAAAUGAAGUUCAUUAAAGGACUUAGCUGCAGGAGGAAAUUACCCCAAAGAAGAGUUAAUCCUAUCGAGAGGGUAUCUUCAGCAGUCAUGAAAGAUCACAGGGUGACUAAGAAUAGACACAUGAAGGAACAUCCUAAAUGGGUCUACAUGAGGGCUAAUUCUUUGGUUUACAAAAGAGCAUUGAUAAAUAUCCAGAGUAAGCAUACUACAAAAAGCAAAAGCAGAUGGGACAACGUCUUCGAAGAUCAGGAUGAGUCUAAAGAGGAGGAUAAGAAGUCACGCAUAGAGACUACACUGAAAAUGCUUUGUCCAAUUUGUCACUUCUUAAUAAAUAAGUGUACUUCCGCUCCCUGUGGGCAUACUUUCUGCGGAUAUUGUAUUGAUGAAUACUUGCUCUUCAAGGAUAAAUGUCCUGUUUGAGAAGCGAGGAUUGGAGAUGAUGAUUUAAGAAACUCCCCUACUAUCGACUCUGCCGUAGAGGUGACUCAAAAGCUCUCAAAUUUUUCUGAUGAUGAAUUUCACUGGAGAAGGCAAAGAGUUAAAGAUUUGUAUUUUGAAAGGAAGAAAAUCGAUAAGUCAAUUUUUAAGAAUUUUGAUAGAUCUGACAAUAUAAUCAGGAUUGAUGCUAGAGAUGCAGAUGGCAUAUGGUGCAAGGCUGUAGUCAAAGGUUUCCUUUACACUAAGGACAAAUGGAUUACCAUUGUGCAUUUUAUAGGAUGGGAUAAGGCCUUUGAUAAUGCAAUUCCCAUAGAUUCUCCAAGGCUUGCAAAAGAAGGGUUCUAUACUUCAAGGAGCAUUCUCCCUCACUAUGAAAACAAUGAUAACCCUUACAAAAAGUCUGUAUUGAAUCUGCCUGAGAAUGAAGAUUUUAUCAAUGUCAUUAGGGUUUACAAAAAUGAGUGACUAAAGGAGAAAGACCCACUGAAAACUUCUAAUGAGACUAGUGAUCAAUUUCAAAAAGAAUGAAAGGCACAUGAGCAUAUGCUUUAUAGACUACAAAGAUGCACAGAUAUUCACAGAAGAAGAACGAGAUAUAACGGAAGAAUUUAUAGCAUGAAUUAUAGAAUACCUGUUAUGAAUUCUUACUCAAAUUCUCAUACUAGAGAGAGUUAUACUCAAAGUUUUUCCUCAGAAAGUGAGUCUAGUCAGUCAGGAUCUUAAGAUUAACCUCUAAUACCAACAAGCAUAGCACCUAGUAGUAAGCCUAAUAGUUGUAUUGAAAAGACAUU